GAACUCGCGAGCGGCCAACACGUAAGCGGCGCGUUGUGCAGCUGGGGAAAACAACAACAACAAGGCAAAUAGCAGCAACAACCACACUAACCAACUCGAUAAUAGGCAGCGGCGCAACUGAAGUGUGAACUCAUAUUGAGGUUAUGUAAGAGUAUAUAGUAAAAUCGCGAAAACAAAACGCAGCUGCACUUCAGCCAGGUCACACGCUCGCCUGCACGAAAAUUACAAAAACACCGAUAAUUCCAAGCACGCGCUAGCGGUUAAGUUUAUUACGCAUUCGCCAUGGAGGACGGGAAAGUUCCAGCGCAGGCGCAGCCGCAGCCGCCGCAGCCGCCGCAGCCGCCGCAGCAGAGUCAUCCUUUGGAAGACGUUUCCCUCAAUGGAAACGAUGACGACAAGCAGACGCCCAAAAAUUGGGUUAAAUUCGACGAUGAGGCGGACAGCGGUGAAAAAAACAAUAACAGUAACGACGGCAAUGCCACACAGCUACCACAACAACAGCAGCAAAACAAGUUGACUCUGCCGCCGCCGCCGUCGGUGGUUAGCAGCAACAACAACAGGCGGGCGCGCUCGCGCAGUCCGGCCGCAGCAACAACAACACCUGUCCAGCGCCCGGCCGUUUCCUCGACCACAGCUGCGACACCGGCAGAGGGGCAGGUUCAAGCCCCCUUGCCGGAUGUGGCGCCCGCUGUUUUGACAACCGAGAGCACGCACGUUAAUCUAAGUGCAUCCGGCAGUGGCAUUGUCAGCGGAGCAACUGCAAGUGGAUCUGCGUCUGCAUCUGCAUCUGGCCCGGUCCGCCACCCCGCGCAGCUAAUAAACCAAAAAGCCUCCGCUGCCCCCUCUCCAUCGCCGGCCGCAGCGGCAUCUUCUAGCCAUCAUCAUAAUGGCGGUGGCUCCAAUGGCACUGGAAUUAGCCAGCCGGCGGAUCAGGGCUCAGGGAUGCGCACAAUCGAGCUGUCGACGGGUCGCAUCCGCGAGGGAUUCGCGAAUGGCGAUGUGAUUGUCACACUGCUGCCGGCCAACACCAAAUGGCCGUGGAUAACGCCUGCCAUAUUCCGGCCGGAGCUGGUGCCCGAGGAGCUGAUGGCCCAGGGCCUGACGCUCACCGUGGAGGACUAUGUGAACGCGAUGGAGACGCUGGUGAACGACUAUCGCUUCACCGUGUACAACAUCUGCUACAAGCGCGUCUUGGUCUGCUGGAUCCUGUUCGCCUUUGCCGUUUUGCUGGCCCUGCUCUUCUCCGGCCUGCAGGGUGUGGCCCUGUUCGCCCUGGGCGUGGGAUGGCUCUUCCUCAACGCGGCGGCCAUCUUCGUGUGCAUGUGGGUGAAGCUGCGCCUGUCACGGGGCCUGGAAAAGUGCCUGGCCCGGGUCAACCGGCAGCUGAUGCGGCACAAGAUACUGCUGGUGCUGGACGACCGGGGUCGCAUCUCGUGCCACAAGGUCAACCUGUGCUUCAUGUACUUUGAUGCCACGCAAUGUGUGAACUUCCUGAACGAGUUCCUGGAGCACACGGAGCAGACGGGCGGUGAUGCCAUCAAGGCGGGCUGGGAGGCGAAGCUGGACAUUGACCUAAACGAUAUCGUCAUCCAGGGCAGCCAGCCGGUGCGAAUGCCCCGCAAGCAGGAGCGCGGCCUGCAGCUGUUCCUGCGCUACGGAUCCCGCUGGGGGAUGGAGGCCCUGCGGGGCCUCGUGGACGUGACCCCCCUGGAGCCGGGACGCCACUGCGGACAGUUCCAGUGCCCCUGCCAGUACAUCAAAGAGCACCUGCAGUGCAAACCGCGAGGUGCGAGGCGAUUGUAUCUUUGCUAACUGCAGAUUCUCGGGUUUCCUGGGUUAUAUUCCUGCAGGGAUAUAUUUUUAGCCCUCGAGGGUAAGUAUAGUUUUUGGAGCGAUUUAGCCGCCAAAAGUACUCUCACGAACCUAACGAAAAUUGAAAACAAAACCCGAUUUCACGCUCCAAUAAAACAAAUUUAAACUCUUGCGGCAGAGGCGGCGUGUGGCCAGAAUGCGCCAUUAAAUUCCCCCCCAAAAGCCGAAAACAAAAACCCAAACCCAAGCCCAAGCCCCAACUCAAACCCAUUUGCCGUGAAACUCUCGAGGAACUCGUUAGGCCAACUGCACUCCAAUCGACAGCGAGUCAAAAGAGGUGCAGCCCGUGGCCAAAGGCAUUCUGGCACCAGGGGCGCGUAAACUAAUCGCAAACAAACAAACAAACACUCGAACCCCCACACAAUCAUUACGCUCAUUCCGGAUCCAAAAAACCAGAUCCCAGAUCCGGGGCUCAUCAAAGUUUCGCCAGCUCGCUGCUAGUGCUGCUGCUGCAUUUUCGGAAAUUCAAUUCAUUUGUGUAAUUUUCAUUUGAAUUACAGCCAUCAAAAGUGCCAGGGUUAGAGGAAAGGGGGCGGCCAUUCCGGUGGGCGUGGCAAGCGCUGAUGGGCCGCACUUUGAGCGGUUUACACGGAGGAAGGCGAACCUGGUUUCUCUAACUGAUGCCCUUUUAAAAUAUAUUUUUGUUUAAAUAUAUUUUUGUCUCGUCAUUGCUGAGUUAAAUAUUCUUUUAUUUUUUAAGCUUGUUAAUAAAAAUAACCAUUUUUGUUGCCAUAUUGU